AUGGCGACGGGGAGACUGGUGGCUGUAGGCAGCAUGUCCACCCCGGUCUCUCCCUCUCCCUCCCUGUCUCCCCUGGCCCUGUCCACCCCGUCCCCCACUCCGUCCCCACUGCCCUCUCCCCUCUCCCCUCCACCGCGGGUCCCAGUCUUCCAGAGGAAGGGGGCCCUGAAGCACAAGAGGAUCGUGGAGGUGAAGGACCAUCAGUUCACAGCCCGCUUCUUCAAGCAGCCCACCUUCUGCAGCCACUGUACUGACUUCAUCUGGGGCAUUGGAAAGCAGGGAUUUCAAUGUCAAGUGUGCAGUUUUGUGGUCCAUAAGCGCUGUCAUGAGUUUGUCACCUUCACCUGCCCGGGAGCUGUCACCGGACCCAAAGCAGAGGAUGUGAAGAGCAAACACAAGUUCAAGCUGCAGACAUAUUCCAGCCCCACCUUCUGUGACCACUGUGGCUCUCUGCUCUACGGCCUCAUACACCAGGGCAUGAAAUGCUCCUGUUGCGAUAUGAACGUUCAUAAGCGCUGUGAGAGCAGCGUUCCCAGCCUCUGCGGCCACGACCACACGGAGAAGAGGGGGCGGAUCCACAUCACGGCACGCAUCGAGAGGGAGGACCUGUACGUCACAGUGCGCGAGGCUCGUAACCUCAUCCCCAUGGACCCCAACGGUCUGUCUGACCCCUACGUGAAGCUCAAGCUGAUCCCUGACCCCAAGAGCCAGAGCAAACAGAAGACCCGGACCAUCCGCUCCACGCUCAACCCCGUGUGGAACGAGAGCUUCACCUUCUCCGUGCGAGGUCGCCAGUGGGACCGCCGGCUGUCCAUAGAGGUGUGGGAUUGGGAUCGCACGUCUCGGAAUGACUUCAUGGGAGCGCUGUCGUUCGGCGUGAGCGAGAUAUUCCGCCGCUCCGUCAGCGGCUGGUUCAAGCUGCUCAACCAGGACGAGGGGGAGUACUACAACAUCCCUGUCCCCGACCCUGACCUGCAGGUGAACGUGGCCCUCUAAAUCACAUCAGGCGCCGCGUGUGGGGGGAGAGGGACUGCUGGUCCCACUAUGCUGGGGCUGAGGCCUGGCAUCUCCAUGCAGGACUUCAACUUCCUCAUGGUGCUGGGGAAGGGCAGCUUCGGAAAGGUGCUGCUGGCGGAGGAGCGGGGCUCGGAGCGCCUGUACGCCGUCAAGGUGCUCAAGAAGGACGUGCUCUUCCAGGACGAGGACACGGAGAGCGCGCUGGUGGAGCGGAGGGUCCUGGCGCUCACCGCACGACCUCACUUCCUCACCGCACUCUACGCCGCCUUCCAGACCGAGGACCGGCUGUAUUACGUGAUGGAGUACGUGAACGGAGGUGACCUGAUGUUUCAUAUCCAGAUUGUGGGCAAGUUCAAGGAGCCCCAUGCUGCGUUUUAUGCCGCAGAGAUAGCCAUUGGCCUGUUCUUCCUGCAUAACAAAGGGAUCAUCUACAGAGACCUGAAGCUGGACAACGUGCUGCUGGACAGUGAGGGCCACAUAAAGAUCGCUGACUUUGGGAUGUGUCGGGAGGGGAUGAUGGAGGGGGACACCACGCGCACCUUCUGUGGGACACCUGAUUACAUCGCCCCCGAGAUUGUGGCGUAUCAGCCCUAUGAUAAGGCUGUGGACUGGUGGUCCUAUGGAGUGCUGAUGUAUGAGAUGCUGGCUGGACAGCCUCCCUUUGAUGGUAUUGAUGAGGAGGAGUUGUUCCAGUCCAUCAUGGAGCAGAGUGUUUCCUAUCCCAAGUGUCUGUCCCGUGAGGCCGUGUCCAUCUGUAAAGGGCUCCUGACUAAGCAUCCUGGGAAGCGUCUGGGUGGGGGGGAGGACGCGGAGAGGGAGAUUCGGGAGCAUCCGUUCUUCCGCUGGAUUGAUUGGGACAGACUGGAGAGGCUGGAGGUCCAGCCGCCAUUCAAGCCCCGAACCGGCGGGAAGAAAGGAGAAAACUUUGACAAGUUCUUCACGGCGACCUCUGCGACCCUGACGCCCUCUGACCCUGAUGUUCUCGCUGCCAUCGAUCAGGAAGACUUCCAGGGCUUCACUUACGUGAACCCCGAGUUUCCCUCCUCACCCCUCACAGCAGUCUGACCCAUCCUGCCUCUGGCCAUCUAGCGAUCGUAAUAGGAACACCAAAUAAGGCUAGAUAUAAUAGCAUUUUUAAUCAUGGUCAAAAGGACACGGUUUCAAAACCUGUUCCAUCUGGAUUGCAAUAUUGCCAUAACGGCAAUACUGUAAAAGCAAACACAAACUGCUACACUAAAACAUUAAUUUCAACAGAUGAAUUAAUGUAAUUACCUCGUCUCCUAUCCACAGUGUGCUGUACUAUAGUAUGACAGGAAGAAAUGGGUAGAUGGGUUGUUUUUUACUUUAGUCAUACCAUUUUCCAGACAGUUGCAUGCGGAAGGUAACCACAACACUC